CCAGUUCGAUAUACUGAAGUAUAUAAGCUUUCCCCGUUUCUCUCCCUCCUUGUAUCUCUCACCCUCCAAUCUCAAUUUUCCUGCGAAACAAUCAGCCUUUGCACCGAAAUCCUUCCAUUUCAAAACCCUUUCAAGUUCAACCAUCACCUACCUUAUUUUCAACGCUUCAUUCGAGCCACUCUUUAGAACCUCCAAUUUCCCAUCUGUCUCCCACAGUGUACCUCCAUUUUAGAUUUUUGUGUACUUAAUUUUAGAAUUUUGUCUACUUCUCUGCUUUUUUACUUCGACUUUAGAUCUUCUGAUUUGGUCUAAUGAGUCGUUACGAUUCUAACCCGUUCGACGAAGAAGAGGUCAAUCCUUUCGCGGAUCAAGCAACAAAGAAAGGAUCAGGGCAAUCAAAUUAUGGAGGAGGUUCCUUUUAUAUGACCAAUCCUGGAAGUGUUCCUCCUGCAACCUCAAGGCUCUCACCCCUUCCUCCUGAACCCUAUGAUCGGGGUGCAACGGUUGAUAUUCCCCUUGACAGCGGAAAGGAUAUGAGAGCAAAGGAGAAGGAGCUCCAAGCUAAAGAGGCUGAGCUUAAGAAGAGGGAACAGGAACUAAAACGGAGGGAAGAUGCAAUUUCACGGGCUGGAAUUGUAAUAGAGGAGAAAAACUGGCCCCCAUAUUUUCCUAUUAUUCAUCAUGACAUUUCAACUGAAAUCCCAAUCCAUCUGCAAAGGAUGCAAUAUGUUGCAUUUACAACAUUGUUGGGAUUAUUUGUGUGCCUGUUGUGGAAUAUUGUGGCAGUUACCACUGCAUGGAUCAAAGGCGAAGGUCCAACAAUUUGGUUUCUUGCUAUCAUCUACUUCAUAUCAGGGGUUCCUGGGGCCUAUUUUAUGUGGUAUCGUCCUCUGUAUCGUGCAAUGAGGACUGACAGUGCUCUGAAAUUUGGGUGGUUUUUCUUGUCUUACCUGAUACACAUUGGCUUUUGCAUCUUUGCUGCUGUUGCUCCUCCAAUUAUUUUCAAGGGGAAGUCUCUUGCAGGUAUUUUGCCUGCUAUAGAUCUUCUUGGCAAUAGCGCUUUAGUUGGGAUAUUCUACUUUAUUGGAUUUGGAUUUUUCUGCGUUGAAUCCUUGCUCAGUAUCUGGGUUAUUCAGCAAGUUUAUAUGUAUUUCCGAGGCAGUGGGAAAGCAGCAGAAAUCAAGCGGGAAGCUGCAACAAGGACUAUGAUGGCUGCACUUUAAUGCCACUACUAUGGAGUAGAGAUACUUUUUUAAUGGACAGAGCCAAAACAAAAUACUUCACUCACUUUUCCUUGUAUACCUUCUUGGCUUGCUUUAGGAUACAAAACCUUUUUAUCUGGUGCCUACGUACAUUCUGAGGUGAAGAAUCUUUUAGACAUUAGAAAAGUCGAAAAGAUUCAUUCUAGGGUUUUGUAGUGAGCUUGUGAGUUGUGACUGAUAAAUUUCAAGGUUUUAUUAUCUUGACUUGUUUCCUAA